AUGAAGUCACUUACUAAUUUUUUUAAACCAGUUAAAGAUAAACUUGUUAUAAAUUUAACAAAUAAUCAGAAUGAACUAAAUGAUGAUAUUGUAUCAGAAAAAGAAGAUAUUGAUGAUGAAAUAAAUAAUGAGAGUAUAUUAGAAAAAUAA